CGGGCGAUUUUUGGUGACGCCUUGCUCCGGGCUAGUGAUGUUCUGGCUUGUUCUUCCUGAUCUCCCGUGCACCAACCAACAUAAUGCCUAAAUUCCUGUCUGACUCUGAUCAUUCCGCCGCAGACAGAGGAGCGCCAGCGGAGCUUAUGGGAGACACGGAACCUCGGUAAUACUCCACCACUCGCAGUGUGCUUUCGGGUCAGAAGGUCAAGUCCGGGCCCCGCACGAGUAUCAACCCAUCACAUUUGCCGCAAAGAACGCACUGUACGCCUGUCGUGAAACUACUCCCGAUUCUUGGUUGGCCAUGGACCAGCUUCCGGACGACGUGCUCGUGGCGGUGAUGCAGUUCCUGGACGUGGAGGACCUCCUCGCCUGCCGCCUCGUGUGCAGGAGGCUCUGCGUCCUGGUCCUGGACCGGGACGUCUGGCGGCACCGAUCGCUCUGCGACGGCGAUUUCGACGCGAGCGCGGUGCUGCGGCUGGCCCCGUGCCUCGACACUCUGGACGUCGGCGGAUGGGACCUAGCAGUGACUACGACCCGGUGCGCCGUAGCAACCUUGAAGUUGUUUUCGUUGUCUACUGGAUCUCCGCAUAACGUCACAGUCGACACCCUGGCCCUGGCUUUUGCCCUAGCCUUGCGCAACCAGGAAUCCCUCGGGCGCCUCAGAAGGCUUCAGCUUGAGUUGCCGACCUUUCGACCGGCGCCUGCAACCGACGCAUUGCUGCGGACGGUUGCGUCGUGUUCUGGCCUGAAGUCCCUCGAAGUCACUGGCUACCUACCAAAGUUUACCCACUACAUUCAACACGGGCCGCCCAUGCCUUCGCUCACGUAUUUCCAGUGCUCGGUCAACAAUAACUCGGCAUCCUUCGUUCACACCAUACUGGCCGGGCACGCGGCAACGUUGGAGGAGGUCAACCUCGUUAUAGACGCAGGUCUCGGUUUCGUUGAGACGGCGACGACGGCUGAACUGUUGGGCACCAUGGAUCGACUCCACAGUCUGCGGUGCAAAUACCUUUCUCCUACCGACGACUGCACGGUGUUGGUCGAGGCGCUCCUCUCGUCCGUGAGGCCCCACCUAGAGCGCCUGGCCCUCCUGGGUGUCCAUGUCGUGCGGCCGCUGCUCCGUCGGCUGCCCUCGCUGCCCGCUCUACGCCACCUCGACCUGGACGCUGAGCCCGUCGACGAGAUGCUCAAGAGCAUCAACCCCGCCACGGCCCCAGCACUGACGCUGCUGGAGGUUGUGAUGCUCGGACAAUGCCGCCAUGCCUGGAUACACGGGGCCGCGGUCAAAGCGACGCUCACGGCCAACCCCAAGCUGCAUAUCCAGCUGUGGUGCAACUCUGAUGACAAGUGCGUUCCCCAGAAUUGCGAGACAUGCGUGGUCGGCUGCCACCAGGAAGUUCAGUGGGAUGAGGUGGUGAGGAUGGGCCUCUACUCGCAUGACCCUGACAUGUGCCCCUCUCCGGAGGACCACACUGACAACACCGAUUGGCAAAGGUCCUACCACCCAACUCCUGACGUCCCCUGCACGUGGAUUCGUUUGUGAUGCAUUUUCACUUCGUUUUCAUUUUUGCCUAUGUUUAUUUUGCUGCAUUUUGAGGAGAUGCUUGAUGUAAAUUAAAAAUUAUUCGCAGUUUCAAGCCUGACAAAUUGUCCCGCUAAGAUGUCCAUUGAUAUUGUUUAGCGUUAGGUUAGAGUGUACACUCCCUCGUUUUGUACAGUUCCACUCGUCCUUUGCCUCUACUCCAACGCUCCUUUUUGUUUUCUUUCCCCCAUAUAUGUCUUUAAAUAUGGGAGCAAAAGACAUGUUUCUGUUGUAUGUAUAUAUAGGGUGCCUGCUUCAAUUUUGCAAAUCGUACGGUUUAUAAGAAGUUGAUUAAAUUAUGGUAACACCGUG